AUGGCAACCCCAAGAUACCGUACAUUGCAAUACAUUGAUGAAACGCCCAAUUUCACCGAAUCCUCUCCAACAGAGACGUCUUUCCAAUCCCCCAAAGCUCUGGACAGCAACGUCCAUGCACAGUCUCUCUCCCCACUCAACUCUGAAGAAAGCCCGUCCACGCCAUUUGGAGUACUCUCUACGCGUCUUCUGGACCCUCCCCAUCUUCCUUGGCCGCAAACUGGUCCUAAGGAAGCAUGUCUAUUGCGGUACUUUGUCGAGUACCUGGCCAGAUGGUUUGACCUCUGUGACCCGGAGCGCCAUUUCGUCAAGGCCAUUCCUCAGAUCGCCCGAGGAAGCGAACCACUGCGGAACGCCAUUCUGGCCGUAUCAGCAAGACACUUCAGCACUUUACCAAAAGAGAAACAGGACAAGAUCAUCGAAGAGUACGGACUACAGCAAGAUCCCGCAAUCAACGAAGAGACAGUACUCUAUUACCAUAACAAAUGCAUCACGGAUCUGAGAUCCUUGGCCAGCGAACCAGAAGCCCUCAUGGACGAGGUCCUCCUAGCAACAGUAGUGAUCCUACGAUUCUACGAAGAACUAGACAGCCCCUUCAUCGACCUCCCAAGCGAAACAGCAAUCCAAGGCCUCCACGUCUUCGUCGAAGCCCAGGCCAAACCAGCCCUCUCCACGCCCGGUCUCCGUCAAGCCGUCUUCUGGGUCGGCUUCCGACAAGAAUUCCACGUAGCCUUCUCCCAACAACGACCCAUCCGUCUCCCGCUCUCCAUCACAACCCCCUACCUCCUCUGGACCCCGGCCGCAGACCACAUCUGGGCGAACCGCCUCCUCAUCAUCUGCGCCUACGCCCUGCAAUACUGCUAUGACGACCAACCCGCCCCUCCAGAGCGAUACUAUGACCUUAUCGACCUCCACAACCGCUGGCUCCAAUGUCGUCCGCCUUCCUUCUCGCCCGUCUACUACCAGAAACCAGACCACGGACUAGGCGAGCUCUUCCCCCGGAUCUGGUACCUGGAUGAUUGCCACAUCGUCGCGUCCCAGAGUAUGGGUCUACUCAAUAUCCUCUUGACGGCUUACUCGCCCCAUAUACCCCGUGUCGGGCCGAUCUGUCGCGAGUCUAUGGAUGUCAUGAACGCCAAGUUACGAUCGACUGUCUUUGAGAUCUGUGGCAUUGCGUUGUCAAACCGGCAGUCGCCGCCUGCAUUUACGACUGUUUGUAUUGCUAUUAAUAUCUGCGGGGACCGGUUUACGGAUUUGAAGGAGCAGCAGGCAUUGAUGGAGGUUCUUGUUAGUACGACUAGGGAGACGAACUAUUGGCCGACGACGGUGUCGCAGAUGAGGUUGAAGGAGGUGUGGGGGUGGGAUGCUUGA